UCUCACGUCAAGAAAGCUACUCAAACAUUAAACAAAAGAAGAAGAGGGAAAAAAAAAAAAUAGAAAAAUUCCUCUCCAGAGUCUAAAUGAAGCCAACGCAUCAAUCAGACAACCUUAUAUAUCAGGACACAACUCCUAUUUUAUACCUACCACAACCUGUCAACCACCUAGCUGACAUUUACAAGGGAGUUUCUUCUUCAUCUAUCUCUCUGUCUCUUCUGUUUCUGUAUAUAGCAGUUGGAGUUAAACUUAUCUGGGAUCUUCCAGAAUCUGGUCGGAAGUAUCAAUCUUGUGUUCCUGUGUCUUGGUCUGUCCUUCUGGCUAAGUUAAAGGAAUUCGUCAUGGAAGAGGAAGGGCCAGAGAAAGAUGAGGCUUCAGUUCCUGUCAAUGAAGAGGAGGAUGCAGCUCAAAACGAUAUAGCUCAAGAAGAGAGCUUGAUCCCAGUUCCUGAAAAAGUUCCUGCAGCAGCACCGGAAAAAAGUUCUAGUCCAAUUGACAAAGAUGUUGUGCUUGCACAACUUGCAACAGAGAAGAGAAACGCAUUAGUGAAAGCAUGGGAAGAAAAUGAAAAGGCAAAAGCAGAUAACCAGGCACAUAAGAAAAUAUGUGCUAUAGGAUCAUGGGAGAAAAGCAAGAUAGCAUCUGUUGAGGCAGAAUUGAAGAAGAUUGAGGAAGAACUGGAAAAGAAGAAAGCAGAAUAUGCAGAAAAAAUGAAAAACAAAAUAGCUGAAAUGCACAAGGAAGCAGAGGAAAAGAGAGCUAUGGUAGAAGUCAAGAGAAGGGAAGAUUUUCACAAAAUAGGGGAGACAGCUCAAAAAUUCCGUGCAACUGGGUAUACACCGAAGAAGUUUCUAGGAUGUUUCGGCUACUAACUAAGACUGCUCACUGAAAGCUCCAAGGAGCGGAAAAAAGGGUUUUCCAUUUUCAUUUGUCCUCUGGGUUAUUCCUUUUCUAAUGUUCUUAUACACAAAUGUAUUGUUUUAUUCUGUGAAACUAUUCUAAUGUGUGCAUAUAUUCACUACACUGUGUGUACAUGUGGGGAGACUCAUUAAUAUGAGAAAUAAAGUUCCAUAUCAGUU